UCUUUGUCUUUGCGGAGGUGAGCGGGUAGAGAGCUCUUUGAUCUUUGAACUUUGUGUGGGCGAUGGGGAAGUGACCGCGAGUUUCACUUCGCAGCUCUGCCACGGACCCCCCCGGGGUCCCGCACGAGUUCGGCUCCCGCUCCUCCUCCUCCUCGUCGUCGUGGCUCGCCGGGUGACGAUGAUCUGAGCCGGUCCCGGGCCCGGGCCCCUGUCCCCGAGGUCGACUCAGCCUCAAAUGAGCACCGCCUGCGAAUUCCUGUCCUCCGUUCGUGAAGGAAUCGCCCCGACUCCUCCACUCGGAACAACAAAAGCAACAACAAUAUUAACAAUAUUCGUACUAUUAUUAAUUGGAACGGUGUUCGCUGACGGCGCGGGGGUUGGGAAUGGCUCGGAGUCCGGAGUACAGCGCCAAGGAAGAACACCACGUGAAUUUAUGGUCGUCACCCCAGGGAAAAUGAACGCCGUAGCAGGCAGCAAGAUUUUCCUGCCCUGCUCCUACACCUGUACAAUCAGCGGCAUUACCCACACGCUGGUGGAGUGGUUCAGAAGGGAUGGACAUGAAGAAGAGAGGCUUUAUCAAUACCCCAAUGGAUAUAGACAAUGGCCUUUACACGCCACCUGGAUGGGUGAUGUGUCAAAGUGCGACGCCUCCAUCACCGUCAGUGACAUCCAAACCCACGACUCUGGGCGAUAUCGCUGUGAGGUCACGGUGUAUCCACAAAACAUCCAAGACAUUGGGUAUCUACAGCUGAAUGUCAAGAGUCCAUCAGAUCUGGUGGUUGUGACCCCGGAUAAAAUGAACGCCAUGGCAGGCACUACAUUUCUGCUGCCCGGCAUUUACACCUGUACAAUCAGCGGUGUUACCCACACGCUGGUGGAGUGGUUCAGGAUCAUAGACGGGCAUGAAGAGAGGAUUUAUAAAUACCCCGAUGGAGAGACCAGCCACUGGCCUUUACAGGCCACCUGGGUGGGUGAUGUGUCCACGUGCAACGCCUCCAUCACCGUCAGUGACAUCCAGACCCACGACUCUGGGCGAUAUCGCUGUGAGGUCACGGUGUAUCCACAAAAUAUCCAAGACAUUGGGUAUCUACAGCUGAACAUCUACCCACGAACAGACCUGGCCGUUGUCAUCCCGGAUGCAAAGGACGCCACAGUAGGCAGCACGGCUCUCCUGUCCUGCUCCUACACCUGCAAAAUCACGGGUAUUAGACACACGCUGGUGGAGUGGUUCAGGACCAUAGAUGGACAAGAUGAGAAGGUUUAUAAGAUCAUAUACAGAAAGAGAAGCCUCAGGCCAUUGCAGGUCACGUGGGUGGGUGAUGAGUCCACGUGUAAUGCCUCCAUCACCAUCAGCGACAUCCAGACCCACGACGCUGGACGAUAUCGCUGUGAGGUCACGAUUUAUCGACACGACAAGCCAAGCAUGCAAGACAUCGGGUAUCUGCAGCUCAACGUUCACAGUGAACCAGAACCGAGCGACGCAACACCCACGCCAAGCCCAGCUCCAGCUCCAUCACCUGUUGCUGGCAUCGUCCUUGGAGUCAUUGCUGCUCUGGGUGUUGCUGCUGGAGUUGUUUUUUACUGCAGGAGGAGGUUGAUGAGACAAAGUCAGCCAAGAGAAGCAGAAGCCCGGGUUGAAGAAACGCAUGGAUUAAACCCAAAUGGAGAAGAUGGAGGAGCAAGAGCAGGUCCAGAUGCACCGGCAGAGCAAGGAGAUGAGCCAAACGAUGAAGGAGAACGUGAGACCUCAACUUAGAGAAGCCAGAAGUCCAGCCAACCAGUCUCAAACCACCUUAACAAAUGCAGCAACUUGUACCAAUCAACUCACCACUGUACCAAUCAACUCACCACUGUACCAAUCAACUCACCACUGCUAGAAACUGACCUUCAUAGAGUCCAUAAUCAAGACGCCGGCAAUGUAGCGAUGUGCAGUUGAACCGCAAUGCCUCGUGAGGUUAACGUAAAGAUACCAAAGUCCUGGUGUGAUCUGGACCAUCUGAAAAUGGAGAUGUAGAACGGGAGGCCUCAACUGGGUGGGCGUGGCUACAGAAAUGUUGGCGUUGCUGGUGGUGGAGGGAGGGGCAACCAGCUGACCACGUGUCACUGUUGAGCCUCCCAGACACGUGGUAGCUUUACGUUCAUUUUGCAACGUGCACUGUCGUGCUGCUUCACAAAUGAUUGGCAUAGAGACCUCUAAUAUUUACACAGAGACCCACAGAUUCACAAAGUGACCCAUAUAUUCACAGACACCAUAGAUUCACAUAGAGACCCAAAGGCCCACAUACAGACCCACUAUUGGACACAGAGACACAUAAAUUCAGACAGACACCCAACCACUCACACAGAAAGCCAAUGGCUAAUAUAGUGACCAAUUCAUGAAAAUAUAGACCAGUAUACUUUAUAGAAACCCAUAGACUUAGAUAGACACAUGGUCGUGAUUAAACUGGGCUCUCAAAUGCGGUGAGUUUGAUGGUCUCAGCCCAGUCACCAAUGACUUCUCAAAACAAAAACCCAUCGCGUAAAUUUGUCCCAUCUUUCUGCAUUUGUCCGAUAAUUAAAACAUCUGCUUGGCUGCCGCGUGACGUCUCAAGGUGAAUCGUGCGAGGCGUUGCGAGCCCAGCUGUGUGAAGGCUAUGAAGGGAACGCGAAUGAUUCUCACGACAGUCCAGUCCCUUGCACAGCCGUUUCACACACCGGGGUCACACCGCUCUGCAACAUUUACAAGUGGAUUCCUUGAAUUAUAUACUGUUAAAAAAAGUGUAUUUUUACAUUCGAGUACUGCAAACUCUUCCCUCUCGCGGGUUUAGCCAUCGCGGUUUUGCAGUUUCGUGCCAAGGCUAUUGAGGUACAGAGUUCGCCGAUCGUGCCCCUGUGGCUGGACCAUUGGCGGUUGAUCACGAGAUUUCUGUACGCGUCGUAACUGCACUGCUCGCGAUGAUGCUGCUGUCUUGUGUCCAUCUUGUCUCUAUUUUGUCUCCCUCUUGUCUCCGUCUUGUCUCUAUCUUGUCUCCCGUCUCUUCUCUCAAGCGGCCCAUUGGGGGUCCCGGGUCACGUGGUGUUUCCAGCCUCGAGUGAGGAGGCAGUGAGGUUCAGCCGCCCGCCAUUUUUCUUUCUCUCGUGCGUUAGGAACCGUGAACCAACCCCCAUUAUCCCCAUUUGCCUUCGAGUUUGGGGAAGGCGAAUUUUCCAAUUGCAGCUUUUUAUCAAGAACGUAACCUCGGCGAUGGGCAAGAGUUUGCUGUAGACUACAUGCUAAAUCAAUGCACCUGUAUUCUAUUUUUGCAAGGCAUAAUGCACUUUAUAUACAUUUUGUAUGCACAAAUUUAGUAUAUAUGGAAUUAGAUUUGAAGAUGAUAUGUAUUACUCGCCGAAUGAUUGAUCUCUUCUAUUAAUAUUGCAAUUAGAGGCCAUGUACGAGUAUAUAUUUUAAAUCGUAACGAUUGAGUGUAACUCUGGAAAAAUCUUGAUAACCCACAUGCCUCAACAAACAUCGGUCAUUGUGAUGGCGACAGUGAAGACUGACCUCUAUUGGCAGGAAAUGCGAGGAAUUUAAACUCUUUUCCCAUGAAGAGAGCCGGUCAUCAUCAUUGCAUCGAUGCAAUUUCUUAUCAAUGGGCAGAUUUGAAAAUCUCUUUCCAUUGCAGAGAUCUUGUUCUCCAAUGAUAUUUCUAAUCAACAUGAUUGGCACUCCAACUUUCAAACGGAGCUUGUGAGGGGGCAUUAGAGUGAGUGUGAACGUGUUCACAAACUCGUGAGGGUUAAACCACUGCUGGACAUCAUGCACUAAACUACUAACUUGUAUUUGUAGAUGCGUCUGGGUGAUUUGUUUACCUUCCUGGUAUUUGCACUGUUGUAUAUUUUGUGCUGUGAAUUUUUCAUGUUAGAUACAAAAUUUGUAUACAGGUAUGCAAAUUUGUUCAAUUAUGCUGUUUCAUUUAGAUAUGCAAAUGUGGUAAACUUAAUCAAAUAAUGCCACGUGCAAUUCAUGUUAAUUGGUGCUCAUUGAGUGUCAGUGCAAUGUGAUCAAUCGUAUGUGAUUAAACGUGCGUAAAAUUUCGAUUUAAAGCUUUCGUGACUGCAGGGAAUCAUCUUCUUUGGUUCUUUCGGUAAAAUCACGUAGAAUGAGAAUAAAAUAAUGAAAUAAAAAUAAGACAAAA